AUGAAGCGGAGAUGGGACGCUCUUUCCCGUCGUCAUAGCCUACUUACCUUGACCCAGCUGCAUUCGCCGCGCACAACCCGGCAUUUAACCACCACUACCAGCAGCAAUAGGAGCAUCUUGAGCUCGCGCCUACGACCACAAUCCCUGUUAUCACCCAUCAUCACACGCAUAAAUACUCAAUUAUCCCAAUGCCAUCAUCUUCGUUGCGCGUAUAGUACCUCCUCUGACUUCAGCAGCGGAUUUACCAGCACUGUAACCGUUAAUGGACCGGUUCAGGGACCCCUUGGUAAAGCCGGGGUCCUGGGGAAGGGAAUUACGCCGAGAUCGUUGAAGAGGUAUUUGGAUAGCUAUGUGAUAUCGCAGAGUCGAGCCAAGAGGGUUGUUAGUGCGGCGGUUUAUAAUCAUUACUUGAGGGUUCAGAGUAUUAGACGGAGGGAAGAUGAGAAUGCGGAGAGUUUGAGGAGUUCGUUGGCGGGGAUGGAGGGGCAUCCUGUUGAAGAUGAAUAUCCCGGUCAGCAGGCUACGGCACCUUAUCCACAGCCGAUUCAUGUGGAGCCUCAGAUGCCAUCGAAGGAGAACCUUGAAUCCACUGUAGAGCUACAGAAAAGUAAUUGUCUGAUAAUAGGACCUUCUGGGACGGGGAAGACGCUCAUUGCAAAAACAUUGGCCAAGGUCCUCGAUGUUCCAUUUUCAAUAAGCGACUGCACAGCAUUCACACAAGCAGGCUAUGUCGGCGAAGACGUUGACGUCUGCGUCCAACGUCUUCUAGCUUCCUGUAAUUGGGAUGUAAGAAGGGCAGAAACUGGAAUUAUAUGUUUGGACGAAGUUGAUAAAAUAGCAUCGACGAAAGCUAUGUCGCACGGUAGAGAUGUAUCCGGAGAAGGUGUUCAACAAGCCCUGCUGAAGAUACUGGAGGGGACGACAUUGCAAAUCACGAACUCGAGACCGAAGCAGGCACCGCCGCAUCAUUCGGCAGGUACACCGUCAGGAUUCCCUGGAGGAGUACCUACCUCACCCUUUCAAAAUUUCGGAGGGUUUGGAUCAGGAGCUUCCGGUGGGAGCCCUGGUGGUAAAGGCGAGGUGCAUACGAUAGAUACCAGUAACAUUCUGUUUAUAUUGUGUGGAGCAUUCAAUGGCCUCAACAAGAAUGUUCUGGACAGAAUAUCGAAGCACUCUAUGGGAUUCAACGCCCCUGUCCGGGCCCAACAGACUGAUGCGAAUACUAUCCCACCAGAAACGGCAAAGGAGCUACAAAAGCAUUUUAGCACCUACUUCACGCCUGCGGACUCCGACGCCGGCUCAAAAAACCGCGCCUCAGUUAUCAAACAACGAAAGAUCAAUGUGCUCGAGUUUGCGGAACCAAGGGAUUUGAUAUCAUUCGGAUUCCUUCCCGAAUUCAUUGGGAGAGUUCCAGUUCUCGCCGCAUUGGAUGUUUUCGAUGAGGAAACUUUGGUGAGGGUGCUGUCUGAGCCUAGGAACAGUCUACUCAGGCAGUAUGAGGAAUUGUUUAAUAUGAGCGGAGUGGAGUUGAAGUUCACGUCGUCGGCGUUGAGGCAAAUUGCAAGGGCGGCUUUGACGAUGGAUACUGGUGCAAGGGCAUUGAGGACUGUGCUUGAAAGGUUGUUAUCAGACGCCAUGUUUGAGGCUCCAGGCUCAUCGAUUAAACAUAUUUUGGUAAACGCCGCAGCCGCUAAAUUCGAACAACCACCCGUAUAUUUUGCUAGAGGGCAGCAAGGGGCAUUCCAAGCUGCUUUCGCUGCGGAAGAAAAUGAAAAUAAUGGCUUGGAUAUUAGGAGUGAAAGUGAAGAGAAUCACAAGAUUGCAGCUGCAGGGAGCGCCUAG